UGCACACAGGUAAGAUGACAUUAAAUACGUAAGAACAGUAUUUACAGUCAUCUUAGUUAAUACUUGAAGCGACCCUACCCACAAUGCUGGCGAUAUUUGUACACCCCACCUUUCAGAAAAUGAUCCCCCAUCCUCAACGAUUGUGUCCUUGCAUUUGGUUUGCACGCGUGGAAUUUUAGAGUGGUGGGAAGGAAAAUUUGAAUAGAAAGAUUUGUCCUUGUCUUUUCUCCUGCAUGCUAUACACAAUUUUCUGCCCCAUCCUUUUCUCAUCAUCUCAGAUUCGAAUGGAGUCAUCACAAGUUUUUCUGUUCUGUUUCAACGCAGUCAUAAAUGUCAACUGUUCAAGGACGGUGCUAUAGUUUUCGUCAUUACGUGUGAGGCUCGAAUACAAUGCAAAUCAAGUUUAUUGCUUUUAAGCACUAGAUAAAAUUCCCAGUGGUUAGGUAGAGUCACUUCAUUCUGCCCGUCAAAUAUCAAACCAAACUGACAACUGAAAAUAGCGGCCAGCUAACGGGCGAAGAUGAAGCCAACUAACAGUGCCAGCACAGUAUUGAAUUGGACAUUACACACCUAUAAAAUAAAAACCCGAAAACGAAAAAGACGAACAAAAUAAAGUUACGAUAGCAACAAGUUAUCAUUGUGGUCUAGUAGCCUUCAGCCGUUUAAGUCUGGUAUGGCGUGUGAAGCGCAGAUCAGUUCAAGUAACACAGACUCCAAUGAUGCAAUCCAAACAACGAACGAGGAAGACGAAUCCAACUACGAAUACGUUACAGUUCCACCCGAUGGAGGAUAUGGCUGGAUCGUUACAGCUGCCAGUUUAUUGUGUUUACUCAUUUCAGAUGGAAUCCUCUUCAGUUUCGGAUUAAUUCUUACGGAUUUGAAACAAGUGUUUGACGUGCCCGUCGCUCAAGUGGCGUGGAUCUUCUCCAUCGUUAAUGGCAGUUCAUUAAUCUCAGGUCCCGUUGCUUCUGCAUUGAGCAAUCGAUUUGGUUUCCGUACUGUCGUCAUAAUCGGCAGUUUAAUUGGUUCUGUUGGACUAUUCACCUCUUCUUUCGCCCAGUCUAUCGAUAGUCUGUUUUUCACGCUCGGCGUGCUUUUCGGAGUGGCAGACGGCCUCGUCUUUACACCCAUCGUCGUCGGGGUAGGUUUCUAUUUCGACAAGAGGCGAGCUUUAGCUACUGGAAUUGCUCUCUGUGGAUCAGGAGCAGGUACUUUUGUUUUUGCUCCAGUCAUCUACUUGCUGCUGGAAACGUACACCGUCAGUGGAGCAUUCCUAAUUCUGAGUGGGAUUUAUUUGAACUGCGCGGUACUUGGAUCGUUGCUCGUUCCAUUGAAACCUCAACGGCGGAAGAAACUGCAGGAAGAUGUAAAAUUGCUUGUUGAUGAUGUUGUGACACAAUCAGUACCGCAUCAUACGUUUAAUGAAGUUGAAAGAGUUGAUCAAAAUGAAGUGACAGUUCAAGAACAACUUGUUAAGAAAACAGUCCAUUCCGGCAAACUGGAACAACAGUGCGCUAGCGAUCCAAUUGAUCAAAAACCAGUUCAAAAACAUUUAGCAAACGUGUUGAAGUUGUUCAAAUUCUCGCUGUUCCGAUCGCCAACUUUUGUUGUCGUUUGUGUCUCUAGUUUCUUUCAGUCAAUCGGAUGGUUUGUGCCGUCCGUGUAUCUGACAGCUCAUGCAACUAAAAUGGGAAUACCAAAAGGGGAAGCCCCUUUUUUGUUAUCCGUUAUUGGAAUCGCCAGCAUGAUCGGUCGCAUUUUUAACGGAUGGCUUGCUGACCAACCUUGUGUUAACUUGCUGUUUUUGAAUAAUGUUGGCUUGUCAGUAGCAGGUGUACUGAUAACUCUUUGCCCGUUCUUCUUCUCCUACGAGUUGCUUGUCGUAUUUUCGGCCAUAUUCGGACUGGCUUCCUCUUGCACUACCGUCGUUCGUCCAAUUUUACUGGGAAAGCUUCUCGGAUUGGAAAACGUCAGCAAUGGUUACAGUUUUAUGCUCGUGUUUUACGGAGUGGCCACCCUCUCAGGAAUUCCUAUUGCUGGUUUGCUUUACGACAUUUUCGGUGAUUAUCAUGUUGCGUUCUAUCUUGCCGGUUCUUCCAUUCUCCUCUCUGCAUUCAUUUGUUAUCCACUGGGAAUGGUCAAUCGCUGGGAAAAGAGGUUAAAUUCCAGUAACUGAGAGACAUUCGUAAUUGUUUGCAUUUAGUGAAUUCCAUUAAUGCUCAUUUACAUCCGCAUACCGAUCAGAUGGCAUUUUACAGUUGUGUUCAUACUUGUUUACAGUCAUGGCGUCAUGACGCAAAUCAAGUUUAAACAAACCUUAAAGUUUUCUAAAUGUUUUUUAAAUUUUUCUUCUUCUGCUUUUUUUUUUCAUAUCGUUUUCUAAUGAAUCUGUAGGAAACGGUAAAAACCCAAACAUUGUGAUUAGAUUGUUCGUAGUUUGUUUAACUAGUCGUUAAUUUUCUUAUCGAUUCGUUUCCUCACAACGUAGAGCCAUUUUUAUUCGUUUUUCGGCGUUCAUGUUUUAAUUUGAUUUGAUAAGAUGGAAGGGUCUUCCCCUCGAUGCCUGAACAAACGUAAGAUAACAAGGAUCGAAUCGAAAGAAAACUCGACACCCGUCGUGAAAAAUUCAGACUUGUAAUCAAUUUAAUCUGAUGACGUGAAAUACGCAAGAAUGAAAGAUAAGAAUAAAUGUGCAACUGUUAAGGUGAA